UUUUUUUUUUUUUUUCGAAAAGCAAUCGGCGCAGUCUGUUACCGUACUGUGCUGUAGCACUGCGCAAAGCCUCGACCUCGGGGCAGAGACGCACGAGCGCGCGCCUCUUCUGGGUCGGCGUGCAGCGCAGGAGGGCCAACCAGCCCCGCGUCAUCGUCGCGCAUGCAGCAUGCCUGCGCGUGCGCAGCCCCAGACCCCCCUUGCCCAGGCCGAUCUUCCCCAACGCGCGGGCUCGCUCGCUCGUGUUUGCACGCUGCUGAUUGCUGCUGCUGCUGUUGUGCGGGUGGUGGAAAGGAAGCGCUAUCCCAAUCCUCCGUCCCGCGGCGCUGCGCCUUAGCCGUGGUGCGGAGCCUCGUGUCGGGGAAGUGUGUCUGGCCGGGCUGUUGGUUGGUGGGUGGGUGACGGGCGCGUGGGCUGAUGGAGCGACUUCGAGGAUGCGCUUAUGACCAGCCAGUGACGACUGUUUUCUAGGCGACGGAGCAACGGAGGGUGCAGCUCGCUGGAUGCGCGUCGUGUGUCUAUGGGUCUAGUGAGUGGCGUGUGGGCGUGUUACGAUUGACGGUGGGGUUGUGUGGGGUGGGCUUUCGGGAGCUACUUGCCCCGUGGGGCGAGGGCGUAUAAGAGUUGUAUGGAUCCGGGCUCUGAACCCAUCACUUGUUGUUACGCGCGUUUUUUUUUUUUUUUUUUUU